AACACAUAAAAAAUGUCCGACAUUUCUGCCGCUUUUGCUCAACACGAGAUUACUCCAAAGAUUAUUGAAAAUGCCCCAAAGCAGAAGCUUCAUUUGUGCUGGGACGGAAUCCAAGUUGAGCCAGGAAUGACUAUGCAAGUUCGCAACCUUAAAAAUGCUCCGAGAUGGGCUCUUCCAGGAGCUGACCCAGAAUCAAUCUACACAGUUCUUAUGAUUGAUCCAGAUAACUUGUCAAGAAAGAAUCCAUCUGUUGCCGAGUGGCUUCACUGGCUUGUCUGCAAUAUUCCAGCCAGCAAUAUUAUUGAUGGAAUUAACGGAGGUCAACAUCAAAUGGCAUAUGGAAGCCCAGCUCCAGGACCAAGAACUGAUCUUCAUCGUUAUGUGAUUCUUAUGUGGGAGCACGCUGGAAGACGCAUCUCUGUGCCGAAGCCUAGCUCUCGUGCCAAGUUCAACGUUAAACAAUUCAUCGAGAAGAACAAGUUGGGAGACCCAAUUGCCGGAAAUUUCUUCCUUGCUCAACACGAGGGAUAAAUAUUGUAAUUUAAUGUGUAAUUAUAAUUGGAUAACAACGAAAUAGCCAUUUUCUAAUUUGAAAUUAUUUCUAUGUAAUAAAAUUUAAUUUUUGUG